AUGAACCUUGCACCUUCCCUCCAUCAACAUCACUUGCUUUAUGAGUACUAUGAAGAACAAGAGGCACUUUGUGAUAAAUGCAAUAAGCACAUUUAUGAUCGGGCCUUUACUUGUGAAAUCUGCAAGUUUUGGCUACAUCCUGAGUGUGCUCUGCAACAAUUGCCUCUUAAAAUUUCACAUCCUUCUCAUUCUCAACACCCUCUUCAACUGAGCUACGACAAUAAGCAUUGCUGCUGUAAUGGAUGUUCCGGUCUUAGUCGAAACUGGUUAUACCGGUGUCAACCUUGUCAUUUCAACCUUGAUCUCAGUUGUGCUUCUUUAACUACUAUUCCAACUCAGAUAGAUAAAGAGAUUAACCAUUUCUGCCAUCAUCAUACAUUGACCCAAUUCAACUAUCGUAAAGUGAGCAAAUAUCACCAUAGUUGUUUUUGGUGUGUGAAGCUUUUGUCAGGGGUCUGCUAUGUUUGUUUACUAUGUGAUUCAUUAAGGCUCUGUAUUCAUGAAAGCUGUUUGAUUAAUAUGCCCACCGUGAUCACAGAACAUCCUUUCCAUUCAUCCCACCCGCUAUUUGUUGCUCAUAUUGGAUGCGCACUCACCAAGCUUGGUGGCAAAGGUACUUCAAUAGGGAAACUAAUGGAGCAAGAUGAGAGAAAUGUAGAAUCCGAGAUUGAAUAUUUUGAUCAUGAACAUCCCCUAUGCUUUAAGAAGGUUAUUGAACAAAAUGAAAGUGCUAUUUGCAAAGCUUGUUUUCUGGAAAUCUUAGAUAAAGCCUAUGCUUGUAAAAGUUGUAAAUACUACAUACACAAAACAUGCACCAAUUUGCCCUGGGAGGUGCUACAUCCUCUUCACCCCCAGCAUUCUCUCAAGCUCUUGUCUGAAGUUAGAGGAAAGAUUUUCCCAUGCGAAGGAUGUAGAGACUGUACUGAAGGGUUUGCUUACGUAUGCUCUAUGUGCGAUUUCAUGCUUGAUGUGAAAUGUGCUCUUUUACGGGUGCCUAAAAUUGAGACUCAAAGGCUAAAAGAGAUGGAGGAGAGACGACCCAAGUCAUGCCUUUUUAACAAAACUCAUCAAUUAUCCUUCUUCAAUAUCAAAGCAGUCUUGGACGAAUGUUGCAGUUUUUGCCGAAGAUAUUUGAAGGGUCCGAUCUAUGCUUGCAGCGAUUGUGAGUAUUUACUUCAUGAAAGUUGUCUUGGGUUUCCACGAGAGAUGAAACUCCAGUUUCAUCCACUACACCCAUUUCACUCGCUUCUCGACGACAGUGGCAAAAUUUGUUAUGUCUGCAAAAGAGAGACCUGGUAUGGUAUCUGCUAUAGUUGUGUGCAAUGUGAUCUCCACCUUCAUGCUUCUUGUGCUAAUUCCUUGAAGCGGGUUCUGAGAUCCACGUCUCACAUUCAUAAUCUCUAUUAG